AUGUGUAGAGGAGCACAUACCAACCAGGCCACCAGGUCGCCAGAGGAAAAGGAUUUUAGGAUACCAUACCAGGCCAUCUGGAUUGGUAGUUUGAGAAAUCUUGUAGGUCCAGAAGUAAAGGAUAAAAG